GCAAACCAGAUAAACCGCUUGUGCUUCCGCCUGCUGCUCGUCUCCAUCCAACCUCCAACCUCCAACCUCAUCCCCAUCCUCGUCUUCAUCCCCCAUCAUCCACACCCUUUCUCCACGCAUCUUGCUUUCCCUCUGCCCAUCGUCCAUCUUUCUUUAUUCAUCUCUCCAUCCCUUAAGCGGCUAUCUCGUUUGCUGCUGGGCUUGUCUCUGGCUUCUUGUCUGCUACUCUCACUUCUUCCUCCUUUUGUUUGAGGCUCCCUGCUCGCCUCUCCGACUCUCAUCUGUAGUGUGCUACCAAAAUGGCUGAGAUCCGCCGCAAACUUGUCAUCGUUGGUGAUGGUGCAUGUGGAAAGACAUGUCUACUGAUUGUUUUCUCCAAGGGCACCUUCCCUGAGGUCUAUGUCCCAACUGUUUUCGAGAACUACGUGGCCGAUGUUGAGGUCGACGGAAAACAUGUCGAGUUGGCACUUUGGGAUACGGCUGGCCAGGAAGAUUAUGACCGCCUCAGACCCCUCUCGUACCCUGAUUCCCACGUUAUCCUGAUUUGCUUCGCUAUUGAUUCCCCUGAUUCGCUUGACAAUGUCCAAGAAAAGUGGAUUUCUGAGGUUCUGCACUUCUGCCAAGGCCACCCAAUUAUCCUCGUUGGCUGCAAGAAGGAUCUGCGUCACGACCCUAGAACCAUUGCGGAGCUGACCAAGACGUCCCAGAAACCCGUCACCCCAGAACAGGGUGAGGAGGUCCGCAAGAAAAUUGGCGCUUACAAGUACCUGGAAUGCUCUGCCCGGACAAACGAUGGUGUUCGUGAGGUGUUCGAGUCCGCUACCCGUGCAGCACUUUUGGCAAAGAAGGAGAAAAGAUCGAAAUGCAGAAUCUUGUAAAUUUCUUUCUUAUGUUUCCAGCCCAGCCAUAUCGAUCUGGGGUCUCAACGGCUAAGCCUUCUGGUAACUGGGACAACGAUAUCUGGACAGAUUCUUUCCAUGGCUCGCGGUGUCUGUCGUUGUGUUGAGAUGGUGUGGAUUGUCUGAACCAUCUGCAUGGGUACUCUUAAUAUGGAUCAUCUGGCUAUGCAAUUGGUCGGCUUGAUAUUUUCAUUUCCGGAGUCUAUCUAGGGAGCCCUUUUUAAUAGCCUCAAAGAGGCUAGUCCCAACUCUCGAAUUUGGCCAAUCGAUGCAUAUAUCGCUUGUUCACCUAUUUCCUGUGAGAUUUUGAGCAACCUCCUUUCAGAAGAAAAUCCGAGAAAGGUCGACAACAAUAAACAAGAAAAAAAAAAGACAAAAUUUCCUUCAACUCUAUUUCUACUUCUUUCUCCGGCCAUCCACGAGUGCCUUAUCCCAUGUCCCACUCUGUUUUAUAUCGAUCGAAACCAACCGAGAGAAUGAAGCACUGGGGGAAUCUAAUAUCUAGUGUACCAGAUCAUAUUCCCCUUUUUGGCUGUGGGCUAUGCGUUGUUUUCAGCUUGACUCUUUCGUUUUAAAUUUUCCUUGACUAAGAUCUUAUUUUACUUUACUGGCUUACCUGAUUUUUUAUCUUUAUUUUUUUUAUUUUUUAUUUUUAUUUUUUUUUUAUUUUUUUUUUUUUUUUUUGCGUUUGCGUUUUUUUUCGUCAAAAUAAGAGCGUUGUGAUCGUUACCAAAUAUUCUGGGCCUCUGUAUUCCUCUCCUUGCUCGGCUAACCAUUCACACAAAUAUACCGCACCGCCCAAGAGCUAACGUCCCCCUUCGAACCAUAUACAAUACUUAGUUUUAGAGAGGAAACGGUAGUCCCCAGCCCCCGUGCUCCGCUUGAACGACCCCAACAUUUCCAUAUAUUUUUGUUUUCCGUUUCCCCCAUUUAUUUUUAUCCCCUGAAUUCGGUUUAUUUCUUACACCCUUUCCUAAAUCCCCGGGUUUUUGCUUGCCUACUAUAUCUUUAUUGCUCUAGCCCCCUUUUUAUAUUAUUUGAUUUGACUAAACUUCCCUUGGUGCCUAUUUUUUGCUCUAUGGGUUUUCCCUGUUGUCCUUUCUCCCCUCAAGUUUUGUUUCGAUUGCUUGUUCUCUGUUGUCAGUCACUCUUGCUUCAAGUCUCAAAUCUCGGAGAAGCCCUUAUCCUGCCUGUCCCAGUGCCAACCCUCGUUGCGGUGCCCAUGCCUCCUCCACCCCGUCGUCUCCAUGUCUAGCCUGGCGGUAUAAUAAUCUCUUGAAAUUCAGGCGUAUACAAUCAGAAAUAUUUCGUUUUGCUCAAUUAGAGAACCUUUUCCUGCUUCUUCUUAAUCUCUCUCUCCAUGUCUUGUCGGGAUGCAGCUUCCCCCUAUUUCUUCGGGCUAUCGCGUUUGCAUGCAUCGGAUCCAUAUAACUACAUGGUGUAGAGUAGAUGGCGUAGCAAGCAGGUCGAAUACCUCCUGUUCGUAAUAUACAUACAAACAUGCGAGCUCGUCGGUUAUUGUAGUGUAAUUUCUUUCAAAUAUUUUAGUUUCCCUUUCCCUUCACCCUAAAUCUGAUGUGGACCUGAAAGACGCCGCGAGACAUUCGGUUUAUUUUGAAUGAAGGAUGAAGCUUUGCGAUUAUUUGUUGUUUACCCUGCUAUGGUGUCCAUCCUUGUCCGGGACAGUGGUCGGGCUUGUCGGGGUUAUCGGGGUUCAUCUGUGCUAAUAAUCGCUAGUAAGGAGGCGUGGGUGGAAUCUAUGUUUGUUUGUUUGUUUGGAGUUUAUUUUUUGUUUCCAUUUUUAUUUUUACUUAUUUUUACUUAUUCCCCUUUGCUUUUUAUUCUCUGGUGCUUAUUUAGCCCACCCAUUUCCAGUUUGCUGUUGAAUCAGGGGGGAGAAGAAAUAUCUAUUCAGUACCUAGUACAUGAACAUACAUCACAGGCAUGCGCAGUAACGCAGCACCAAAUAAUAAUAAUAAAAAGCCAGAAUAAAAAGCCAGCCGAUAUUCAUCAGCGUCGUCGUCACCCGUCUAUCGACGGUACGCCCCUAGAACAUGCCGCAGUAACUAAUAAGUAGUUACCGUUGGUGUUGAUGUAUCUAUGUUUUUUCCUGCGUUAAGUAAGACAUUGCAUGCAUGCAGAAGAAUGGUUGGGCUGGACUGGUGGAGACGGAACGACCUGACUUACGAAUGCGCCCUAUUCGACGCGGCGUACGUACUCCCCUGAAAUCCUCCGAUGGUUAGACACUAUUCUUCGUAAGGGUGGAUCUAGAUGUUGCUGUUUACACAGUAGGCUUGGAAGUGGAAGCGGAUCGGGAGAGGAGUGCGACCUGAUGAGUACCUGUUAUUCAUCAUUGGCGGAUUACGUACAGUCUAACUCCCUACACCGCUGUACUCAAGGUACCUGACGUACUACUACUGUACGAACGUGGACAUACGGCUGAAUGUCUAGAUCUACGCGUAGCGUGCGUCUUUUUAAAUUCGUGGGACAGGCUGCCCGGCCGAUGCGUGCUAUGUAGAUACCUACCUAUAGUAGGUUGAUAGACAUGGGGGAACAGUGCGAACGGUAUUGUUAAACUAGAAUGAUGCUUUCACGCCAAUGAUUCAACUACAUAUUUUGAUUUCAUGAGCCUCUCGACUACCUAAGGGCCCCUGGCAGAAGCUCUCAGACGCAAUACACUCAGCAGUCGCUUUCCCCCCUCCCCUUUCGCGAUGCAAAACUGAUUCAGCCUUGGGCUCUUCGCCAUAUGUUGCACUUGCCUUCCUCUACUAGUCCGCUACCGGUUCAAAUUCAACAAGGCCUGGAUAUACCUCCGCGCAUCCAGCCCCACGCCUUCAGCCAGUUUUCCGGGGCCCAACCAGCUUCCUCGUCCAUUCCCGGUACUGGACUGCGAGGCGGCUGAGGCACCGCUAAUGUCGCGGAAGAAUCUCGCUCCGCUGGAAUGGCGGGUAUGUCCUGACACAGCGCAAUCGCUGGCUUUCCGGACAAGAAACGCUUCCUUUGGCGCCUUCGGAGCGGGGGUUUGCUGAAGGGUUGACGGAGUUCGUGACUGCUGUUCCCCUUCGUCUGCUUCACCUUCACCUUCUUCUCCUUCUACUUGUUUGCUAGAAUGAGAGCCUACACUGGUGUCCUUAAGCCGCAUCCACAAUACCCACCAGCCCCGGCUUGUCCUGCACGUCCGCUCAAUUUCAGACGCGCGAUUACGGGUUUCGAUAUAUGUAUUUAUGAUUUGAGUAUGGACAUUGAUCGUAUCCUGGCGGGUCCAUGGUGGUUCCGAAGAUCCCGGGGAUGAUAACUUUAUCGUUUGCACUGGCAUUCCUGGCUCUGGAAUGUCGGGAAGUGAAGUGUGAAUAAAUCGCGCUUCAGGGUCAUAGAUAAAAUCGUAGAGAGGAGACUGUCCACUGGGCUUUUCCUUCGAAUUUCGAUACUGAUCCCAGAGGGGAGCUCGCUGGGGUAUUUUGUCCAAUGACGUUGACAGUAAUAGAGGCUUUUGGAGAGGGCCAAUCUGGUGAUGGAUACUCCGGUAAAACGAUGGAGAUGAGAGUGAGGAUGUUUUAGAUUCGAAGAGGAAUGUGAACAUGAAUGGUUGGUUCUGGAUUUCCUAAUUAGCUCUCGCUGAUAUGGGGCAAGUUUUUAGUACGAGGUUCUUACGAGAUAUACUACCACUUGCAGAUCCUGGUAUUUAUCGAUGGACGCCGUAUCUGUGUAUUUUUUUGAGUGGUUAAUGUUUGAGGUUAGGCCGCCUGCAACCAAAUAGUAACAUACCCUCAAAAUCCCCAUUCGAUGCGGACUCCUCCAUCAUUAGGGUCAAUGUUCGUAAGACGGUUCUCUCUUUCUGAGAUCCUUUUGCUUGCGGAUUCCGUAGUUCGGUAGCCUGCGGGUCAUCUUCCUCAUCACUAUCCUCUAUCUCUGGGUCAUCACGAAGUCCUAUUAUAAACCUCCCAUUAUUGUCUGUCCGUGGGAGCGGCGUGCUUUCUGGUUCAGUAGAGCUUGCCACUGACAAAGAAUCGGCCUCUCCUGCAGCUGGUUGAGGGCUGCCACCGAAUCUCAAAAAGUUCACUCUAGGAUGAGAUAGAGAAAAAUUGGAUGGAUCAGCCCAAGACGUCCCGUAUCCUAGAGUCAAUAAUUUCAUGAAUUUCUCCGUACCAAAUCCGGACGGAUCGGCGGAGUUUUCUGUAGAGGAUUUCGUGCUAUCUUGUGCAUUAAGGUUACUUUCUCUAGAUUUCGACAUUUCAGUGGCUUGUUUGAUUGUUGAGUUUGGCCCUGCUAGUAUGGGAGGAGGAAUUCCAGGAGACAAGCUGCGUUUUGGAGUACGGCUCGGGGACUUUGGAUUGGGGGCUUUGCUUUCGCCGUUUGAGGUUCCGCCCUCUGGACCUUUUCGUCGCUUGCGUCGAUGGAUAGAUUUCGGAUCACGUCUGACCCCAAAUGUAUCUUCACCAUAUCGGUAUAUCCACUCCAUCCAGUGAGAGACUCGAGUAAGAGACUGCUUCGAAAUAGCCCCGACACCUGAGAAUACCACGCCAUCGAAUGAAUGCGGAGGUGUAUUACACCCUAUCCACGGGUGACUUUCUGCAGCGGACCCUGCGUUUGUUGACUGCUGGCCGGGGGAAUUAUCUCUCUGGCCGUUGGGAGAUGUGUCCCCAAAACGUGAUACUACCAGGUCGACUAGGCCGUCUGUUCUUGAAACAAAAUCUUCCAAAACUUCGCGUUCUCCGCUUCCCCAUUCCUCUUCCCCAACACCAAUUCCAAGUUCCCCUGUCGCUGCGAGUUUGAUGCCAUUGUAGAUCUCAACCGCCGGGUUUCCAUUCAAAAGAGGAUUCCAAUUCCAUACGAAUCUUAACCAAAAAUAUUCCAGUGCACUGCAAAAUGCUGUUCUCUGCAGGCGACUGUAGAGAACACCGAGAGACGGCCCAUGAUGGAGGAGAAAGAUGGAGUGCGCUCUCAGCAAUUGCUGAAGGAUGAGACGUGCAGGGGCAACUUCGCGGGACGAAUAUUCAACUAGCGGUUCUGGCGCAUUAUCUGGUCGUGAUUCAGGCGAUGUCAGGGGCUCUGAGGAUAUACGAGUAUAGUCGAUAGACUGCAAAUUUAUUAGCGACGAACAACGUCUGGGGGCGAAGGUGUACCAUACCGCUAGAAUCCACCAACCGGUUUCCAGCUCAUGCAACACGAUCCUGGACUUUUCAGUUUCGACUGUAUCUACCGCUUCACCAUUGGAGAAGUUCCUAGAGCGAGCUCAGUUGGUGCUGUACAUUUGAAUACGGGCGAGAUUCGGAGGCGAUACCUACUUGGCGAAGCUCACCAUGCCUUGCGCCAGACCUAUCUGGCGCAACUUCUCAUUGUUAUCGAUUUUAGCACAAUCGGUAGCGCCCCUCUGCGCAGCUCUCUGUUGCGUGCUUCUAGCUAGCUUUUCGUUUUCCUUUCUCGAAUAGUAGAAAACAAUUUGAUCUCUGAGA